CGCCAUUUUACUUACAAAAGGUUUGCACUAUCGUUCGUCAACAAUGUAAAGCGGAUGGUGAAAUGUUUGUUCGAUUUUUCCAGUGUUUGUGAUGUGUGUGUGGUGUUUUAUACCCAGGAUAAAAUACUAGGAUAAUGGAGGAGCCCAACGAGGACUCUAGGGUCGUUCCCGAACUCUACUUUCUGAUAGCGAAAUUUCUUUCGGGCGGUCCGCUGACGGAAACUGCAAAGACAUUGUUAAAAGAGCUCGAGAGUGUAGAGGUCCUACCCCGCCGCCUUGACUGGCAGGGCGAAGAGCACUCACAGUCUUACAAUGAAUUGGCAGCGCAGUACAGCGACGUGCCAUGGCACCGUCUGGCAGCAGUAUGCGCGAGCGCAUUGCGUCUCGCUCCCUCGCCUUCGACGAGCUCGCUCCCUCUCGCUCCCGCUUCAUCGCUGCGCGUGCGACUUUCGUUGCUCGGGGACGCAUUGGUUCGGACCAGACCGAAAUAUUCAGCGUUCAAGAAAGAUCAUACGCUUGCCCGCCGUUUGCUCUCCCGUGAGCUUGGAGGCAUCAUCGAAGGCCGAACGACAGCGCCCCGGGCGCCGGCGGCUCAGCUCCUGCCACAAAGGCUGCUUGGAGGCCUACAGUUACGACGGAGGACUCUGGGGCAUCUUUCUGCUGUCUAUUGUCUGGCAUUUGAUUGCUCUGGUCGAUAUGUUGUAACGGGCGCCGACGACCUUCUAGUAAAAGUAUGGAGCGCGUACGACGGGCGGCUCAUCGCGACGCUCCGCGGCGCGGGCGCCGAGAUCACCGACGUGUGCCUGUCCCGCGACGGAGCCCUGCUGGCGUGCGGGAGCGUCGACAGACUGGUCAGGGUGUGGUGCCUCGCUACUGGCGCUCCGCUGGCUGUCCUGCACGCGCACGCUGGAACCAUUACGUCUGUUCACUGGUCUCCGUGGGCGCGCGGCGACGUCCGCUGGCUCGCGUCGACCUCCACCGACGGCUCUGUGGCCUUCUGGACCUGCUCCCGCGACGGCCAGUUCCUGUCCCAGCCUGUUCAGUAUAUGGAGAGGAUGCGACCAGGAGCCUGCCACAUGAUAUGUGCUGCCUGGUCUGCUGGAGGAGCGUUCUUAGCUGCAGGGUCGCAGGAUCAUCAUGUCAGGGUGUACAUGGUAGACGGCGAAGGUGGCGGGCCCCGCAGAGUCCUGGAGACGGCCGUCCACUCGGAGGCGGUGGACAGCCUGGCCUGGGCGCACCGCGGGCUGCGCUUCGUGUCGGGCUCCAAGGACGGCGCCGCCUGCGUGUGGGCGCUGCACGCCUCCGCCUGGCGCCACACUGUGUUACACUGCGCCGUCCUGGAGACGGCCGUACACUCGGAGGCGGUGGACAGCCUAGCCUGGGCGCACCGCGGGCUGCGCUUCGUGUCCGGCUCCAAGGACGGCGCCGCCUGCGUGUGGGCGCUGCACGCCUCCGCCUGGCGCCACACUGUGUUACACUGCGCCAGUCUAGAUGAUGCAGGCAAGGAUGACGGCAAGAAAUUAAAGGUGACAAUGGUAUGCUGGGACUUAAGCGAUGCUUACAUCAUCACAGCUGUCUCCGACUGCUCCAUUCGAGUGUGGUGUUCCCGUACGUGCGGCAUGGUGCGAGUCCUAAGAGGCCACAAAGACGAGGCCUAUGUGCUGGAGGCCCAUCCGUUAUUACCCGGUGUUCUGCUCUCCGCGGGCCAUGACGGCCAGCUGUUCGUAUGGGACGCUAGCACUGGCGAGAUCUUAGCCUCUUUCCUGAACAAAAUCGAAGGGCAAGGGGAAGGCGCGAUCUUCGACGCGAAAUGGGGCGGCGGCUGCGCCCUUGCCGCCGCAGACGCCCACGGACACCUCCUGCUGCUGUCAGUGGCCUCGGGACCGAAGCUGAUGUCCAAGCUGCCUCCGGAGCUGUUCUUCCACACGGACUAUCGGCCUCUGUUGAGAGACGCUACUGGAACAGCCCUUGAUGAGCAGACCGAGAUCCCCCCGCACCUGAUGCCGCCGCCCUUCCUGGUGGACGUGGAGGGCGCGCCGCACCCGCCGGAGUACCAGCGCCUCGUGCCGGGCCGCGAGAACCUGGCGCUCGACCAGCUCAUCCCCCUCGCCGACGCCAGGAGCCGCAUCGACGUCAUGAUUGAGGCUUUAGCGGCCGAGCGGACUCCCGGCCUCGUCAACGGCCUCGGCUUCGGGGGUGGCGGCGUGUGGCGGAACGAGGGCGUCCGGCACACGGCGGGCUCCUGGCAGCGGGACGUGCCCGUGCCGCCCUCCUCGCGCCCGCUCGUGGCGCCCCCGCCCGCCGCCGUCACCGCGCGGCAGCACCAGCAGGGAUCGGAGAUGAACGCAUUCGAGCUGGCGUGGUACCGGCGCGAGAUGCGGCGGCGCCCCAUCAUGAUCAGCACGGCGCCCGAGCCGCAGCGCCGCCGCGCGCGACCCCGCCCGCGCCCUAAGCCGCAGGCGCAGCCUGUCCGGCGUGUGGUAGAAGAGCCGUCAGCGCUAGAAGUGGUCAGUUCCGAUAAUGACACCUCCGACGAGUCCGUGCGGCUGUCCCGCUCGCACUCGCGCUCAUCUCACUCGCGAUCUCACUCUCGCUCGAGCCGCUCCUCCUUGGAUCUCACUGACUCUAGUUCACAUUCAGGAAGCAAAAGUGGCAAUUCGUCAUCGUCGGCAUAUUCAGACUGGGAGGCGGGCGCUGCUCUGGCGCCGCCCACCCGCGCUCGGCGACGCCCCGUGGCUGCUAGACGCUACAGUCCCAGCGUGGCAGCUCCGAAGCGUCCGGCAGCCGCCAACGGCGCCGCGUCCGGGUCCGGGUCCGGGUCGGGCGCGGCGCCGGCGCCGGCCGACCUGCCCGAGCUGUACCGGCCCGGCGAGUGGCUCACGGCCGUGUCGCCGCGCAAGGCGCCCUACCACCCGCAGAUGGGCGACGCCGUCGUCUACUUCAGGGUGGGUCACCAAAAAUACUUAGAAGCUGUGUCGGAAAAAGAUUUGUAUCCUGUUUUGCCGCGGGACAGACCGUGGGAGAAUGCUCAUGUCUACGACUGCGAAGCGGCCAAAGUAGUAGGCAUCAAGUACGCCAUCAAGCCGCCGCGUGUGGCGUGCGUCCGGCUGGCGUGUUCCCUGCCGCGCCCGGCCGGCGGCUCCACGGCGCCCGGCGGCGGCAGCAUCGUCGUCGUAUACCACGACAUGCCUGACGUCAUCGACUUCCUGGUGCUGCGACAGCAGUACAGCGCGGGGUGCGCGCGCGGCUGGACGCAGGGCGAUCGGUUCCGCUGCAUGAUCGACGACUCGUGGUGGACGGGCGUGGUGCUGGAGAACACGUCCGGCGCGUCCGGCGACGCCGGUCCGGUGCCGGACGAGCCGGACGCGGCGGCGCGCUGGGCGCGGACCGCCGCCGCCAACUUCCUCUCGCUCAAAGUGCGCUGGGACAACGGCGAGGUGGAGAGACUGUCGCCGUGGGACCUGGAACCCAUGGACCCUGAGAGAUUACCAUCAGCGCCCGGCGGCGCCGUCCCAGUGUUGCCUCACGAGCUAGAAGCGGUCUUAUAUAAAGCCGAGGCGAGCGAGUGGCCCCCGCGAGGCGACCGCGCCGCCGCGUGCCGCGCUAUAGCCCACCAUCUCAACCUGGUGAUGUCCCUAUCCGCGGCGGAGCCCUUCGUAGCGCCGGUGGAUCUGCAGUUGUACCCCACGUACGCGCUGGUCGUGCCCUACCCCAUCGAUCUCAGCACCAUUCGGUCUAGGUUCGACCACCUGUUCUACCGGAGAGCGGCGGCCGCGCAGUUCGACGUGCGCUACCUAGCGAGCAACGCGGAGCGCUUCAACGAGCCACACUCGCCCAUCGUCCGCCAGGCGCGGCUUAUCACAGACUUACUGCUCUAUAUUAUCAGCCACUGGCGCGAAGUAGAUGUGGUGGCGAAGUACCACGAGCUGGCCGCCGCCUAUCGCUCCGAGGAUGACGAACCUGCGCCCAGUCAGCCCACAAAGUCUCGUCGCGCGCGUGGUCGUGCCGGCUCCACGUCGUGGCGCGCGGCGUGCGCGCGCGUGCUGCAGGAGCUGACGGCCUCCUCCGACGCCGGGCCCUUCCGCGAGCCCGUGUCGCUGGAGCAAGUGCCAGAUUACCUAACCAUAGUGAAGAACCCCAUGGACCUGGGCACCAUAUCACAAAAGUUGGCUGCCGGCCGCUACUCCCGCCCGGCACAAGUGCACCGCGACCUCGCGCUCGUGUUCCACAACAGCAGGCUGUACAACACCAACAAGCGGAGCAGGAUCUACUCGAUGACGGUCCGCUUAUCCGCGCUGUUCGCGGCACUCUGGGAAGCCCACGUGCCCGCCGCCGCCGCCGCCUCCGCUUCCGGCUCCGCUACGCGCGUGACGCGCCGCGCUCGCCGCAAACGCAUCCAAUCACACGCAGAAAGCAUGAAUGGCGACAUCGUCUCCCAGCCGCCGUCUCCCGCCCGGCCCGACUUCGAGCUGAACUCGGACAGCUCCUCGUCGGAGCCCCUCGCCGCGCUGGCGCAGGCGCGCCUGCAGCACCCGGCCUCCUCUGACAGCGACGUGCCUCUCCGGGCGCACAGGAAAGGUGAGAUACCGCCUGGUGACAGUAGGACAGGUGACAUCGUCUCCCAGCCGCCGUCUCCCUCCCGGCCCGACCUCGAGCUGAACUCGGACAGCUCCUCGUCGGAGCCCCUCGCCGCGCUGGCGCAGGCGCGCCUGCAGCACCCGGCCUCCUCUGACAGCGACGUGCCUCUCCGGGCGCACAGGAAAGGUAAAGGAGUGGGCAAGAAGACGAAGAUAGCGAACGGUCACGUGCCGACCCGCUCACCGGUGCCCGGGCCCGCGUAUGAGAGAGACACCUACAUACCAUCCCCCAACGGAUUAUCAUCAUCGUCCACGGAGCAGAUAGAAGUGGAACAGUUGUCGAUACCGGCCGACGACGCAUCGUUAACGUACGACGACGAUUCACCCGCACAUGAACCGAGUCCAGAGUUCCGUCCGUCCACGCGGCGCAAGCGAGCGCGGGGCUCCGACAGCGCGCCGUCCCCGCCGCGCCGCCGCCACCGACACCGACACCGACACCGGGAGAAGCUGCCCAAGCGGACACGAGAGAGGUUCACAGACGGAUCUUCGCAGUCCAGCUCAUCAAACUCAGAGCACACACCGGAGAGAGACGGGCAGCGUCGCUACGAGUCCGACCACUCGUACCACCCGCGCUGCUCUAGCGACGACGAACCCCUGCAGCGGUACAGGACACGAGAGAGGUUCACAGACGGAGCUUCGCAGUCUAGCUCGUCAAACUCAGAGCACACACCGGAGAGAGACGGGCAGCGUCGCUACGAGUCCGACCACUCGUAUCACCCGCGCUGCUCUAGCGACGACGAACCCCUGCAGCGGUACAGGACACGAGAGAGGUUCACAGACGGAUCUUCGCAGUCGAGCUCGUCAAACUCAGAGCACACGCCGGAGAGAGACGGGCAGCGUCGCUACGAGUCCGACCACUCGUACCACCCGCGCUGCUCUAGCGACGACGAACCCCUGCAGCGGUACAGGAUACGAGAGAGGUUCACAGACGGAUCUUCGCAGUCGAGCUCGUCAAACUCAGAGCACACGCCGGAGAGAGACGGGCAGCGUCGCUACGAGUCCGACCACUCGUACCACCCGCGCUGCUCUAGCGACGACGAACCCCUGCAGCGGUACAGGACACGAGAGAGGUUCACAGACGGAUCUUCGCAGUCGAGCUCGUCAAACUCAGAGCACACGCCGGAGAGAGACGGGCAGCGUCGCUACGAGUCCGACCACUCGUACCACCCGCGCUGCUCUAGCGACGACGAACCCCUUCAGCGAUACAGGGAAAGGCAAGAAAACGACGCGUCACAAGGAGAACACUCGGGCACGAGUAGAUCGAGGCCUUCGCACAGUCGGAGAGGUGGUGUGAAGCUACGUAUCCGCAGACCGGCGAGAUACAACGAGGACAGCGAGGAGGACUCGGCGGCCGCCAUCAGCAAACGUGCGCCGCACCACUCGCGCGCCGCGGCGCACCAUCAGCGGAGGAGGCAUCACGGGAGUCGAACCCACGACCAUUGGCUGCCUAUGAAGAGUGCAGCCACCGAGGCCGCUAUGGAGGCCGGGGCGCUCCUGCUGCGGCGCUCGGCCGGCGGCGCGCCCGCCAUCGCCGACCACGACUACGUCCACUCGCAGCCCCACGAUCACCACAAUGGCCACGCAUCAAGCUCCCGGUCGGAGGCCCCGGUGUCCAUAUCGUCGAGAGGCCGCGUCCGCAAGCUCACCGCCAAGGCCAGAGGCCUAUUGCGAGAGUAAACGCCACACGAACUUACGCAGUAUGUAAUAUGAACAUUUGAGGAGUUAGUUGGGAAGAUACAAGUUAUGGAAUGUUUCUUAAAUGUUGGGAAAGUUCUCCGAAGUUUCCGGAAAACUUGAGGGAAAAGAAACACGUACGGAUGUAAGGUAAUUCGCCGGUAACUGGCCACUUUUAGUAACUUGCCACCCCAAAACAAAAAUGGAUUCUAUUCACCUAUAAAUAGAAUUCAUUUUAGUAUAAAGUGGCCAGUUAUUGAAACCUUAUAUACUAAAAUUAAUAAUGUUUAUAGGUGAAUAUAAUUCAUUUUUAAUUUAGAGACGGCCAGUUACUAGCGAAUUGCCCUAGUGCAUAAUUAUUUUCCACCGUAUUUUAUUUUCACGGAAACGUACGAACGUGUCUUGGUAUUUCAGUCAGUCUCGGUACUCUCGGGUACAAAAAGUACUGACGUUGACUGAAGUAGCAUUACAAAUACGAACGUUUCCGAUAAAAUACGGUGGAAA